AUGUCUCCAGAUCAUGAAGUUGAAAAGGUUGCUUUCAAGUCUGCUUUGGUGAGUGAAUUUGAUACUUGUUCGGUUCCUGCAGUCAACGAGGGAGUCACUGAUGUCGUGUUGAAUGUGGAUUCUGUUAUUGACAUCAUUGUUGAGGGGAAGGAAAGCAACAUAGUUGAAGAAAACACAGAAAAUUCUCUCGAAGAGAAUAUAGAGACUGCUGUGGAAGAUCAUUCACGCAAUUUGUUCCGUACAGAUGGUAACUCUAGUAAUGGUAAGUCAGAUGAAGCAGCAGAGUGUCCAAACAAGCUUACCAAUGUGGGUUCAAUCUCUUCCAACAAUGAUUUGUCAUCCAUACGUCAAGCAGAUUUUGAAGGUGGGUUCUCCAACCCCUUGAAUGUUAAUAAGGGAGUGGAAACAGAAGAAUCUAUGAUGGGCAAAAGCAUAAACCUUCAAAGUGAUGAGUUGGAUGAUCAAUCAGUUGAGGAUGACAAAGCUAAUAAUGUCCAAGAGGAUCAUCAGGACUUGGUAGAAUUUGAUUCCAGUGGGAAUCCAGACCCAGUUCGAGAACAUUCACGUGACGUUAGUGAAAGUCAAGAGCCAGUAAAAGAUGCAGAGAACUGGUUUCAGGUAGUUGAAAAGUUAUGUACAGUUCUUCCUCAUGACAUUACAAAAGAAAGCCUCGAGGAAAACCAUUAUGAAAUUGCCACCGGCAAUACAACUGUCCUACUUCCAUCUACAUAUGUGCCGGAAAGUCACGAUGGAACUGCAGUUCCUGAUGAAACAAGAUUCAGUAGAGAGACAAGAAUUGGAUUUGAAGAGGACUUACACAGUGAAUUGAGUUUAACCUCUGUUGUUCAGGACGUUAUUCAUGGGGGUUCUGAAACAAAGUUAGAGUCAGAUGGCAUCGUUCUCUCAGUUUUAGACAAGAAUGUUGGACAAGUUAAUGAGAAGAAAAAUCAGGAAAGUUCAGAUGGGUGCUCUGAUGAAGUCUCCCACAAAAUUAAUGAUGAGAAGGCUGGGCAAAUAAAUGUGACAAUGUCUCCAGAUCAUGAAGUUGAAAAGGUUGCUUUCAAGUCUGCUUUGGUGAGUGAAUUUGAUACUUGUUCGGUUCCUGCAGUCAACGAGGGAGUCACUGAUGUCGUGUUGAAUGUGGAUUCUGUUGUUGACAUCAUUGUUGAAGGGAAGGAAAGCAACAUAGUUGAAGAAAACACAGAAAAUUCUCUCGAAGAGAAUAUAGAGACUGAUGUGGAAGAUCAUUCACGCAAUUUGUUCCGUACAGAUGAUAACUCUGGUAAUGGUAAGUCAGAUGAAGCAGCAGAGUGUCCAAACAAGCUUACCAAUGUGGGUUCAAUCUCUUCCAACAAUGAUUUGUCAUCCAUACGUCAAGCAGAUUUUGAAGGUGGGUUCUCCAACCCCUUGAAUGUUAAUAAGGGAGUGGAAACAGAAGAAUCUAUGAUGGGCAAAAGCAUAAACCUUCAAAGUGAUGAGUUGGAUGAUCAAUCAGUUGAGGAUGACAAAGCUAAUAAUGUCCAAGAGGAUCAUCAGGACUUGGUAGAAUUUGAUUCCAGUGGGAAUCCAGACCCAGUUCGAGAACAUUCACGUGACGUUAGUGAAAGUCAAGAGCCAGUAAAAGAUGCAGAGAACUGGUUUCAGGUAGUUGAAAAGUUAUGUACAGUUCUUCCUCAUGACAUUACAAAAGAAAGCCUCGAGGAAAACCAUUAUGAAAUUGCCACCGGCAAUACAACUGUCCUACUUCCAUCUACAUAUGUGCCGGAAAGUCACGAUGGAACUGCAGUUCCUGAUGAAACAAGAUGCAGUAGAGAGACAAGAAUUGGAUCUGAAGAGGAAUUACACAGUGAAUUGAGUUUAACCUCUGUUGUUCAGGACGUUAUUCAUGGGGGUUCUGAAACAAAGUUAGAGUCAGAUGGCAUCGUUCUCUCAGUUUUAGACAAGAAUGUUGGACAAGUUAAUGAGAAGAAAAAUCAGGAAAGUUCAGAUGGGUGCUCUGAUGAAGUCUCCCACAAAAUUAAUGAUGAGAAGGCUGGGCAAAUAAAUGUGACAAUGUCUCCAGAUCAUGAAGUUGAAAAGGUUGCUUUCAAGUCUGCUUUGGCGAGUGAAUUUGAUACUUGUUCGGUUCCUGCAGUCAACGAGGGAGUCACUGAUGUCGUGUUGAAUGUGGAUUCUGUUAUUGACAUCAUUGUUGAGGGGAAGGAAAGCAACAUAGUUGAAGAAAACACAGAAAAUUCUCUCGAAGAGAAUAUAGAGACUGCUGUGGAAGAUCAUUCACGCAAUUUGUUCCGUACAGAUGGUAACUCUAGUAAUGGUAAGUCAGAUGAAGCAGCAGAGUGUCCAAACAAGCUUACCAAUGUGGGUUCAAUCUCUUCCAACAAUGAUUUGUCAUCCAUACGUCAAGCACGUCAAGCAGAUUUUGAAGGUGGGUUCUCCAACCCCUUGAAUGUUAAUAAGGGAGUGGAAACAGAAGAAUCUAUGAUGGGCAAAAGCAUAAACCUUCAAAGUGAUGAGUUGGAUGAUCAAUCAGUUGAGGAUGACAAAGCUAAUAAUGUCCAAGAGGAUCAUCAGGACUUGGUAGAAUUUGAUUCCAGUGGGAAUCCAGACCCAGUUCGAGAACAUUCACGUGACGUUAGUGAAAGUCAAGAGCCAGUAAAAGAUGCAGAGAACUGGUUUCAGGUAGUUGAAAAGUUAUGUACAGUUCUUCCUCAUGACAUUACAAAAGAAAGCCUCGAGGAAAACCAUUAUGAAAUUGCCACCGGCAAUACAACUGUCCUACUUCCAUCUACAUAUGUGCCGGAAAGUCACGAUGGAACUGCAGUUCCUGAUGAAACAAGAUGCAGUAGAGAGACAAGAAUUGGAUCUGAAGAGGAAUUACACAGUGAAUUGAGUUUAACCUCUGUUGUUCAGGACGUUAUUCAUGGGGGUUCUGAAACAAAGUUAGAGUCAGAUGGCAUCGUUCUCUCAGUUUUAGACAAGAAUGUUGGACAAGUUAAUGAGAAGAAAAAUCAGGAAAGUUCAGAUGGGUGCUCUGAUGAAGUCUCCCACAAAAUUAAUGAUGAGAAGGCUGGGCAAAUAAAUGUGACAAUGUCUUCAGAUCAUGAAGUUGAAAAGGUUGCUUUCAAGUCUGCUUUGGUGAGUGAAUUGGAUACUUGUUCGGUUCCUGCAGUCAAUGAGGGAGUCACUGAUGUCGUGUUGAAUGUGGAUUCUGUUGUUGACAUCAUUGUUGAAGGGAAGGAAAGCAACAUAGUUGAAGAAAACACAGAAAAUUCUCUCGAAAAGAAUAUAGAGACUGAUGUGGAAGAUCAUUCACUCAGAUGA